AUGCCUUCCAAAUCAGAGGCUGACCACAUUAUACUGCUGCUUGCGAUCAUCGAACACACUGAAGGAGCCAAAUGGAACGAUGUCGCUGUCGAUACCGGUCUGUACAAAUCAGGCAAGUUUGUCAAACAAGCAUACGAUGCGAUCAAGAAGAAAUACUCCAACGGUGCUCCUCCUGCGGUCUCAACUCCAAAGUCCAAUGGAAAGACCAAAUCAACGUCUAAAAAGCGAGCGAGCCUCAGUGAGGAGGAUGAUGGUGAAGCCACGUCAAGCAAGAGGGCCAAGAAGGAGGCCAGUUUUAGUAAAGAUGCUGAGGAUGAACUCGCUUCGUAA